AUGGAGGAGUUGGGUCUUCCGAAGGCUGCAGGCCCCUCGGCGGGUGCUGGGCCGGUUGCUGGGGUUUCUGUUGCCAAGGUGGCAGGGGUUGAGGGAGACGAGGCGGCAGCAGUCAGCUCCAAACUUUUCCGGUGUGCGUGCAUGAGGCGUUUGCUGCCGUUGGCCUACAGAGAGGAACUCUACCAUGUCUUACAACUCACAGGCCCAUUGCUGGUGUCUCGGAUCCUGAACUUCCUCCUGCCGUUUGUUAUCACCAUAUUCUGUGGUCACAUAGGGAAUGCUGAACUGGCUGGAUACGCAUUGGCCUCAGCGACCAUCAACGUGACCACGACUUCAACAGGCUUUGGCCUUGCAGUGACUUGCGACACACUCAUUUCUCAGACGUUUGGCGGUAAGAACAUGAAGCGUGUGGGAGUAAUUCUCCAGAGGAGUAUAUUGAUCCUGCUGCUGUUUUGCCUGCCCUGCUGGGCUCUUCUCAUCAACUCCCACAACUUAUUGCUCGCCAUGAAACAGGAGGAUGAGGUGGCGAGAAUUGCCCAGCUCUAUGUGAUGGCAUUUCUACCAGCUGUCCCAGCAAUGUUCCUCCACCAGUUACAAGUUUCCUACCUUCAGAAUCAGGGGAUCAUUCUGCCUCAGAUGUACACGGCAGCAGCAGCAAACAUUGUUAACGUGGGUGUCAACUACGUCUUAAUCUUCAGCCUCAAUCUGGGUGUGAUCGGAUCAGCAGCAGCUAGCAGCCUUUCUCAGAUCACCAUCUGCCUGCUGUUGUUUGGCUACAUCCGAUGGAAGAAGCUCCACCAGCAGACAUGGGGAGGCUGGUCCAGUGAGUGUCUGCAGGAGUGGGGCUCCUACAUGCACCUAGCUGUUCCCAGUACUUUAAUGAUCUACUUUGAAUGGUGGCUUUGGGAGGUUGGAGGUUUCCUUGCUGGUAUACUAGGUGAGGUGGAUCUUGCUGCCCAGCAUGUGCUGCUUGAAGCAGGAGCCAUAACAUAUAUGUUCCCUCUAGGAGUCCAUGCAGCUGCCUGUGUGCGUGUUGGGAAUGCUCUGGGAGCAGGGGACACUGCCAGGGCCAUGGUCACCUGUAAAGUGGCCCUGGCUCUAUCAGGAGUGCUUGCUAUGUUCCAGGGCAUUGUGAUCGCUGCCUCCAAGUCUGUGCUUGGCUACAUCUUCACCUCAGAUGAAAACAUUGUGGCGAUUGUCUCGGAGAACCUCGGCCUCUACACAUUCAUACAGUUCUUCGAUGCUCUGGUGGUAAGUGAUAUGACAUACACAACAAUGCUGACUGUCAUGUUUCUUCUGUUCAAACAAUGUCUUUAUUUUCUUUAUUUUUCUUGUGUGUGUAUACAGUGUGUUUGCUCAGGGAUCCUUGUGGGGGCCGGGAAGCAGAAGAUCGCUGCCAUAUCCAACUUGGUGUCGUACUACUGCAUAGGUCUGCCAGUGGGAAUAGCUCUAAUGUUUGCUGCUAAACUCAGAAUAUUAGGCUUGUGGACGGGUCUCUUUAUAUGUGUCGUUCUUCAGACGGGUUUCUUCAUCACUCUCAUCUUCAAAUUAAACUGGCAGAAGGUCACACAAGAGGCCCAACUGCGAGCUGGCAAGAAAGUGCUGGUGACAUCAAAGCGUCCUGCUAGUAUGUUGGUGACUGAGGCACUGGUCCCUGACAUCUCUGAUGGUCCUAACACAGCCAAAUUGGAAGGUGAAGAGGCACCCAAAGCAGCUGGCUACAGCCCUGUCAACACCCAGGACCAGGAGCUGAAACCAAGCCACGAGGCUGAGGGAAGCAACAAAGAUGCAGGAGGGCCCGAGGGGGACGCUGACGUCAAACCUCAAGCCCCACUCUCUGUCUCCCAGCUCGUCAUGCGUCGCGGACUCACCCUGUUGGCCACAGUUCUCAUCUUGGCCGUAGGUGUUGCUAUCCACUUUGCCUUCCCCCCGCCGGAGCCCUCUGCUCACACCAGGACCAACGUCACUCUGGACUGGGCUAACAACUCCACUCCUACAUCGACAACUCCACUUGAACCCCUCUGAAUGCAGACACCUAGUGGCUGCACACAGUUAAUACAGUCGUGCCAAAAAUGACUGUUUCCCCAAUUUAUCAGUACAGAGAAAUGUUUUUUUUCCCCUCUUUCCCUCAGGGGGGUUGUAUUCUUGUGAAGCAGUGUUAAGGUUCACAGUGACACAUUUACCUACUGUAUGAACCUACAUUUUCAUAUCUUUCUACAAACAAAACAUGUGGUAAACGGCCCUGAUACGGCUAUGAGCUACUGCGCUGAAUUAACAAAGUAUUACUAUGGCUUCACUGGGCAUGGAAAGCACCUACUGUGGCUGCUCUUUGCCUAGAGAGAAGAAGAAAUAUAACAAAUGAGUUAGUGUGUGUUUUGAGUCAGCAGGCGUAAUGCACUACUGAGCAAAUCACACAGAUAGCUAUACAUCAGAUGAGUUCACUGUGCCUGUCCACUCUUGCAGUCAGACCUGUCAGGUGAAAAAGAGGCCCAUGUGAAGGAGCUCCAGAACAGCAAAAUGAACAGCCGAACAAGGGGGUUCCGGUCUCCAAAAUCCACAUUUGACCCCUAUUCAGUUUGAGCAUCAUCACUGCAGCCAAGAUGUGACGGAUAAGGUGUUCCUCUGGGACUAUGGGACACAUUACAAAUCCCUCACCAGGAGACCAGUUUGGCAUCUGAGCAGAUGGUUUUCUAGAGACAAAUGUUGAUUUCUGUCCCUUACUGAUUAACACCAUUUUUCACUGUGAUGCAUGACUAAUUU